AUGACGAGCUACUACAUGAACACAACCUCGCUGAUCGCGAACAGCGCGGCUUCGCCUGAGCUUCCCGAUACAUUUCCCAAAUUCGCCAGAUUCGGUAUCUACCGCUCCACACCGGACUUCAACUUCAUCGUGCACAACGUCAGCAUCGACGAGUGCUCGCUCUUCCUAACGGCAUUCGAAUACAGCGGCGCAAACGCAAACGGCAGCGACUUUUCCUUCAUCGCGAUUCGCGAAAUCGACGUUGGUGUAGGAAACCCCUGGAGGAAGGAGAAUAACGAGAUCCCAGCAUUGGGUGUGACAUCCCCGAGCCUCGUGGCUCUCCAAGACCUCUUUCAGUCGUCUACACUCGUGACCUCGUGGGUGGAGGGGAACUUCCAGAAUACAUAUCUGGGGUUCGCGGCGGCGCUUUCGGGCAUUGAUGUGGAUGUCGGCGAGCGGUUCGCGAACAUGGCGGCCUCGAUGACGCAUACGGUGCAUUAUGGGCCUAAUAUGCAGCUCGCGCGUGGAGAGGUCGUUCAGAGCGUGCCUUAUGUCUCGAUUCGGUGGGGGUACUUUGUUGUUCCGGUUGUGACGGAGGGUCUGGCCAUUCUAUUUGCAAUAUUUAGUAUCCUGAGUAAUAGGAAGAGCCGGAAUAUUCCGCUGUGA